AUGGCACUUUCAGUUGUUGCUGCUGCUUCUUCUUCUUCUUCUCAAGCAUCUCUGACUCAUCAAUACGAUGUCUUUAUCAGCUUCAGAGGUGAGGACACGCGUAACGGCUUCACCAGCCAUCUUCAUUCUGCUCUCCGCAGAAACCUGAUUGAGACGUUCAUAGAUUACAGAAUCCAGAAAGGAGGAGGCAUCUGGAAUGAACUUGUUGAGGCCAUCAGAGACUCAAACUUGUUUCUUGUUAUCUUCUCUGAGAAUUAUGCUUCCUCAAAGUGGUGCUUGAGAGAGCUGGGGGAGAUCAUGAAAUGCAAGAAGAAGAAUAAAAAUGUGGUUGUGAUUCCAGUGUUCUACAGAAUAGAACCCACACAUGUUCGCAAGCAGACUGGAAGUUACCAGAAAGCAUUCGCUGAGCACCAGAUAUCCACCGACCGUAAAGAAGUGCAGCAAUGGAGGACUGCACUCACUGAAGCUGCCAAUCUUUCUGGCUUCCAUUGCGAUCACCACAGGUAA